GAACUGGAUACUGAUCCACAUUACCGGAUCGACUUUGGCCGGGUCACAACAAAGGAUCAUGCUUUUUAGAAUCCUCUUUGGAAUUGCAUUGGCAGUGUCCACUACUUUUAUUUUGAAAAUGAUCCUGUACAUGGACUAUCACAAAACCCUGUGGAAUCACAGACCUGGGAAAUGUUACAUUGUAGAAGGAAUAGACUAUGGUUCUGAAGAUAUGCAGACCACCAAGUCUGGUUUAACUUUCAUCACCUCUGGAGUGAAUGGAGUACUCUUUGGGCCAAGCUUUAAAGAAUAUUACAAGAAGCACAAUAUAAGAGGGAGAAUUAUGUUGUUUAACAUGGAGAAACCAGAGGAUGGGGUCAAAGAAUUGAUGAUUACUGGAAACAAGUUCAGUUAUGACGACUUCUAUCCUCAUGGAAUCAGUGUGCUAGAGGACAAAGGUAAAGUUUACCUGUUUGUUGUGGUUCAUCGACGUGAUCAAGACACGGUAGAGAAGUUUGAAUUUCUGGAGAAGACUUUAGAACUGAAGCACCUGAAAACUUAUAAUGGAACUUUGCUUCACCAACUUAAUGAUGUGGUAGCAACAGGACCAGAAACCUUUUACACAACAGAUUAUUUGUAUUAUCGUGAUUCAAGAUUUGUCCUAGAAACAGUUUUUGGACUUCACUUUGGACAUAUUUUAUACUAUAAUGGCAACGAUUUUAUCAUUGCUUCAGAACCUACAUAUACGGCCAAUGGGUUUGCCCUCUCCAAGAGUGGGAAACUUCUGUAUGUUGUCUCCAGUGGUGGUAAGAAGGUGAUGAUAUUUAAAAUAGAGUCCAAUAAUAGACUUACGAAAGUCAAUGAAAUUCCACUUGAUACCGUACCAGACAACUUAGUGGUGGAUCCAAAAACGGGAGAUUUGUUGCUGGGCUGCCACCCAAUAGUAUUUAAAACUGCUCAACAUCUCGAUAAUCCAGUUGAACCAGCAGCCUCACAGGUGCUGAUAUUACACAUGGAUAGCAGUGGUACUAAUAUGACAGGUGUCACAGAGCUGUUCUCAGAUGACCUUGAACUUUAUGGUUCCACCGUGGCUACAUUGUACAAGAAUCGUAUGUUAAUUGGCACAAUUCUUCACAAAAUGAUGUACUGUGAAGUGAAAAUAUUAUAAGGAAAGUUUUGUGGUUAAAAUAUCCACUCCAUUUUAGUUUGUGUACUUCAUGAAAUAUAUGUUAAUAUAUAUUUGUCCAUGAUUGUUAAACUACACUGAAUGAUUGAAUGUUAAAUACUUAACGAUUCUCCUUCAAAAGUUUUCAAAUAAAAAGUGAAAAUGUAAGAAUGCAUACUACUAAGAGAAAAUGAAAAUAGAAAGAAAAUCAUUGUUCCUCUGUAUGGAUUUUUCAUACUUUUAUAUUUUGUGUGUUUGUGUGAGGGUGUGUAUGUGUGUACCUAGCAAUAUUAUUUUGUAAUCAAUAAAAAAUCUUAAUUUA